AUGGCUCAAAGUUGGGAAUCGUAUCAAAGUUUCCUGCAGCGACGUGACGUCCGCAAUUCAGACAAGGAAGCCGCGAAAGACGCUUUCAUGUUGGUAGAACGAUUGAAAUCCGGAAGACAGGGCCUGUUCCGGCAGCAAAUUGAUGCUCUCAUGCUUCCAGAGAAGCGCUACCUCCUGGACCAGACAGGUCUCCCAUUUCUUUCCACCAUAGCUGAAGAUUCGAUGAUAUUUCUCAAUGCAACAACCGACCAGGACCAGGUGAGGGCGUUCCUUAGAAAGAACCUGCUUCACCUGAUCCCAGAGGAAAUUUUGGGUUUGAUGGCACAAGAUCUCUCAGAGCGCCUCAGACGUGUCCGCACAAAAGGAGACGACAAACUUCCCGAUGAUACCAUUACGUACCCCACGCGGAUCAGAGGAUGGCUAGAUCUGUACCGACUUGAUCUGAAUUUCCUCUCAUUCACCCCAGAGGCAACAGCCCUCCAUGACGUGACCAAGAGCACCUUUACCCUCUCAGCUGUGCUAUCCAGUGUCGAUCGCCAAAGCGUCCUUCCAACCCUUGAUGCAGUGGUUCAGAAAACGUUUGUCACGCUAGCAGAUGAUCCCGAGGUGAGAGACACCUUCGUCGACAACAUAGUGGGAGCCCUCACGGGUGAAGGUGACGAAGCAGUUCAAUAUAACCAGUACUACAUGUCCAGUGCUGUGGGUAGCAGCACAAGUGCUCACCUUCCCGGUCAGCUCCAUCACAAGCCUCUCCUUGCAAACUUUACCUCACCACCAGCGGCGGCACCUGGCGGUGGCUCUGCGCAUACGGAGAAGUCUUACUUCCUUCGGGUGCCCAUAGGCUCCUCUGCCAAGGCAAUCAUGCCCAUCCAAACCAUGUUCUCGGGGUACAUUGCCAAGAAUCACCCUGAUGUGCGGUUCAAUGUUUCGUGCGUAGAGGACGAUGAAAUCGGAUCCAGAUUGCGUAUGACAGUGAGACUGCUCGAUCCGCCGGCAAGCAAUGAUGGAACCUCUCAAACGGGACCGCGCGGCAUUGGAAAUGGGCAAACUUAUCGUGUUUUAACACCUGCCGAGGCUCAUAAUUUCUGGGACGAUGUGCUGGAGGUCGGCAAGACCAUUGUUGAGAAGGCAGUAAUUCCGAUUGUCGUGCAUUGGUUUGGUUUCUAA